CAGCAAGCUUUGAAUUCAAUCAUGCAGGAUUUGGCUGUGCUUCACAAGGCCAGUCGUCCUGUAUUGCCUCAGCAAGAAACAGGAAAACCAAAGUCGUCUUCACCUAAAAAACAGAAUGAUGUUAGAGUCAAAUUUGAACAUCGAGGUGAAAAAAGGAUUCUGCAAUUACCAAGGCCUGUUAAACUUGAAGAUCUUGCAGCUAAAGCUAAAGUUGCUUUUGGACAGACUAUGGAUUUACAUUACAGCAAUAAUGAGCUUGUAAUUCCAUUAACCACCCAGGAUGACCUGGACAAAGCUGUUGAACUGCUUGACCGUAGUGUGCAUAUGAAGAGUCUCAAGAUAUUGCUUGUAAUACAUGGAAAUACACAGUCACCCAGUGUAAAUAACGUGGAACCCUUGCCCUCACUGGAAGAUUUAGAUAAUACAGUGUUUGGUGUGACAGACAGAAAAAGGCGACUGUCUGUAAUAGGUUCUAAUACUCGUGAUAGGAGUUCACCUCCCCCAGGAUACAUUCCAGAUGAGCUGCAUCAGGUGGCCCGAAAUGGGUCUUUCACCAGUAUCAACAGUGAGGGUGAAUUCAUUCCAGAAAGUAUGGAUCAGAUGCUGGAUCCAUUGUCUUUGAGCAGUCCUGAAAACUCUGGCUCAGGAAGCUGUCCCUCACUUGACAGCCCUUUAGAUGGAGACAACUAUCCCAGAUCUCGGAUGCCAAGAGCACAGAGCUAUCCAGAUAAUCAUCAGGAAUUCUCAGUAGAGUAUGAUAUCCCAAUAUUUGAGAAGUUUGGAAAGGGGGGCACUUAUCCCCGAAGAUACCAUAUUUCAUAUCAUCAGCAAGACUACAAUGACGGUCGUAAAACUUUUCCAAGAGCCAGAAGGACUCAGGGGAACAGCUUCCGAUCACCAGUGAGCUUCAGUCCCACUGAUCACUCGCUGAGCACCAGUAGUGGAAGCAGCGUCUUUACGCCAGAAUACGAAGAUAACCGAAUGAGGAGGAGAGGAAGUGACAUAGACAAUCCUACCUUGUCAGUCAUGGACAUCAGCCCGCCCAGUCGCUCACCACGAGCUCCAACUAAUUGGAGACUUGGUAAGCUGCUGGGUCAAGGUGCAUUUGGCAGAGUAUAUCUGUGUUAUGAUGCUGAUACCGGAAGAGAACUGGCUGUUAAACAAGUUCAGUUUGAUCCUGAUAGUCCAGAAACCAGCAAGGAAGUAAAUGCACUUGAAUGUGAGAUUCAGUUGCUGAAAAAUCUGCUACAUGAAAGAAUUGUUCAGUAUUAUGGCUUCUUGAGAGAUCCACCAGAAAGAACCCUCUCUAUAUUCAUGGAGUAUAUGCCUGGGGGUUCCAUCAAAGACCAAUUGAAAUCAUACGGAGCACUCACAGAGAAUGUGACUCGUAAAUAUACGCGGCAGAUUUUAGAAGGAGUUCACUAUUUGCACAGUAAUAUGAUUGUCCAUCGAGAUAUCAAAGGAGCAAAUAUUCUGCGAGAUUCAGCAGGCAACGUGAAGCUCGGUGACUUUGGUGCCAGCAAACGACUGCAGACGAUAUGUCUCUCUGGUACAGGAAUGAAGUCUGUCACAGGAACUCCAUACUGGAUGAGUCCAGAAGUUAUUAGUGGAGAAGGGUACGGCAGAAAAGCAGAUAUCUGGAGCGUAGGUUGUACAGUGGUAGAAAUGCUCACUGAGAAGCCCCCGUGGGCAGAGUUCGAAGCAAUGGCUGCCAUCUUUAAAAUUGCCACUCAGCCAACCAACCCCCAGCUGCCACCUCAUGUCUCCGACCAUGCUCGGGAUUUCUUGAAACGGAUUUUUAUCGAGGCCAAGCUGCGACCAUUUGCAGAUGAACUGCUAAGACACACGUUUGCACACUAUCACUAACAGCCUGCCUCAACUCAGCUUGCAUCUACUGCGUUUAUUUUCUAUUUGACUGCACUUUUAUUUUUAUUUUUUACAAAAAAAAAAAAAGGAGAAAAAAGACAAGAGAGAGAAUAUUCUCUUGAAUCUUUGUUUCACUUAGAUUGUAAACAAUCUAAAUUUUGUAUCUAAAAUGAGAAUCUUCUCUCCCCGGCUCCCACCAGGACUAGAACUUUUUGUUUCUCUAAUGUACUGAUGUGGUUCGUGUAGAUAAAGCACUUUAGUACAUAUUUGUUCCUUAUUUA